CGCGGACAGCUGUGGCUGGCGCCGCUGACGAAGGGAGGAAACGCGCCGUUCCGACGGUUGUGCGCGAGCGAAUUCGGGGCGGAGGUCGUGGUGAGCGAGAUGGCGUUCGCGCGAUUUCUCGCGAAGGGGGCGAGGGUGGAACGCGCGCGGGUGCGGCGACACGAGGGCGACGCUGGCGAUUGUUUCGGGGCGCAGAUCGCGACGAACGCCAUUGAGGAGGGCGUGAACGCGGCGUUGAUCGCGUCGGGGGAGUUUGGCGCGGAUUUCGUGGACUUGAAUUGCGGAUGUCCGAUUCACGAGACGUGGAAGCGCGGGCUCGGCGCGGCGCUGUUGAAAAAGCCGGCGAAAUUGGAGCGGUUGGUGGAGGGGAUCGCGAGUCGGAUCGACGUGCCGUUGACGGUGAAGAUUCGACUUGGGAUCGAUUCGUCGUCGCAGGCGCGGAGAAUCGCGGAGGGGUUGGAAAAUGCGGGGGCGAGCGCCGUCGUCGUGCACGGUCGGACGAAGGAGCAGCGGUACACCAAGGCGGCGGAUUACGACGUGAUUCGAGACAUCGUUCGGGAACGAAACAUUCCAAUCAUAGGCAACGGCGACGUGUUGACGUGGUACGAUGCGCGCGAUCGAAUGGAGCACUCUGGAGUGGCUGCGAUGAUGGUCGGUCGAGGGGCGUUGAUCAAGCCGUGGAUAUUCAAAGAGUAUCGCGAGCGCAAGUGCUGGAAUCCAACCGUGGAACAGCGCGUGGGGGUGUAUUACACGCUGCGUAAUUACAUGCGGGAAGGCUUCGGGGACGACGAACUGGGUAAGCGACGGUUUGAUGAGUUUUUUCCGUGGCAUCUAGGCUUUUUUUGUCGAUACCGCCCGCUG